AUUUCAAUUUUCGCACCGAGGAUCUUUCAAUCAACCUGUUUACAGAUAAAGAAGAUUCCGGGCGAGGGAUCAAUGCUGUUACUGCAUGACAAGGAGAUUCAGUCGAGGAAUGAAGCAAGAAUACCACAAAACACAAAGAGGUCAACUACAUGGAGUACACGAGUUUGGGACGACUGGUUAAAGAAUGGAAUGCCUUACCAUGAAAGCGACACUUUCUUGGAACCUGUGGAAUUUUAAAGACGCUGUUCAAUUUCAAACUGCCGUUCUAGCUGUGGAAAUCGAUGAACCACCAACUAAGAAAAUUCGUGAUUGUGGCGCAAAAGAAACGCAGCUCAGUUUAAUUUUAGUAAUUGUGGCGUCGUGUUGACUUGUUUUUCAACAUGGAGACUCGCGCUUCGCGCUCGUGAAAAAUUUGAGCCCGACUUGUAGGCAAGUCUAGUCGAGAUAUUGAACACGCGGGAAGUUUGGAGAGCACGAAAGAGAUGUAAUUCUAGCCUCUUGAGUGCUCUCCAAACUAAGUGCUUAAUAUCUCGACAUACGCACAUCUGAUGCAUGAACCAAUUGUUUUAUAACAUUAUCAAAGCGAUCAAUGCAGCAGUCAACUUAAAUUUUAUUAGAGACUUUUAAGCAACUCACGACGACGCCGCCAAAGUGGUCGACCGGAAGUAAAAAUGCACUAUUGGCGUCUACUUCAAAGGCGAAAGACUAAACUUGAGUCGUCGACUGGCGACGCGUGUUUCAGAAGUCGUCUUCGGUAGGUGAGUAUUUAUUCACUUUUUUUGUCUUUUGUCGAACAUGCCGUAGAAGCACAGUCACAUUUCAGUGUUCUUGAGGAUUUUUUGAAAUCAAAGAUAUCUUUCUGAUAGUAGUUGACGAAAUUGGAGCUUUUUACUCAUUGAACAACUUUUUCCUCUUUUAUAGUCAUGGCAUCUCCUGAAAUCACGACCGCUGAAAAAACAACGUAAGUAGGCAUUUUCAGUUGAGUUUUAUGUUCAUAUGAUGAGACGGAUUCUAUUCAGAAAAAGUGAUGUCCUCCAACGAAGUGGUAAACUAGGUUUUAGGUUGCGAUGUAAGUUUUGGCUUGGUUUAGUUUUGGCAGGCACAAGUAUUAAAGCUAAUGUGUUUGUGUGCACGUGUGCUUGGUAAAACUGGACUACAAAACCAUUCGAAAAUAAAAGCUGUCAGCAGAGGAGUGUUUAAAAGUGCUGUUAAAAGUCUAUGAAAGACGGACUAACAGCUAUCAGUAAGAGAGUUAAUUUUCUCGAAACAUGGGUAGCAAUGACUUGCUGUAUUUAGGUUUGCUCCAGCUGGCUGAUUCUUUACAAGCAUUAAAUUCAAUGGAGCAUUGUUUGUUAACAAAAUUCACACUCUUGAAUGUUUUCAGUACUCAAAGUUUUGCAAGAAAAAUUAUUGGCAAUUCUCUAAUAUUUAGGUUUUCCAAGUGCUUGAAAUUUUUGGAGACCUAGAUCUCACUUAAAAUCUAAUUUUCAUGUUCAGAAAUCCCUUCUGCACAUCACGUAAUUUAAUUGUAUGGAAGAUUUAUUAUGUUUUUUGCCUUUUUGGAACUAAACUGAUUUGUUAGUGGAAUGUUUGUUCACUGCUUUGCUGGAAAGGGUGCAGUGUUAUUGUCUCUUUAUUGUUGUUUUUAUUAUUACAAUUAUUCUUCUCGUCAUCAUUAUUAUAAAUCAUAAUUAUUGUUGUUAUUAUUAUUAUUAUUAUUAUUAUUAUUAUUAUCAUUAUUAUUAUCAUAUUUUUUGCUUUGAAAGAAAGUUUGUUAAGUACAGACCAUUUUUCUUCCCUUGUAAUUCUAGGAACUUACCUGCCUUUAAAUGGACUAAAGAACAUGACGUGCUCUUAGCCAGAGAGAUGCUAACAGCUGAGCCAUAUAAAUGUAAGAACAGAAGUCGUGAGAGUGGCCAGGCGUGGGAUCUCAUUGCAGCAAACCUAAAUUCUGUCCAUGCACCAUGUUUCCGAGUGAGUCAAAAAUCUGUAAGGGACAUGAGGGCCAGGAUAAUGCUAAAGAACUUUAAAUUGAAAAUGAGAGAAGAAGAAGUAGGAAUUGAAGUAGAAGAACUUUCCGAAUUAGAGCUUGCCUUAGAAGAGAUAAUAGAAAAAGAAAAGGCAGCAAAUGCGCAGCUAGAUCUUGAGGAAUCAGUGAGAAAGAAUGAAUUGCAAGACAAGGCAAAUGCAGAAGAAAUGCACCUUCAAACUAUGGAAAUCUUGGAGAGAGCAAGAAGCGCAGAGAAGCUUCAGGACUAACCACUGGAGAUCAGAAGAAAGGAAGACAAGACGUAGUGGAUCAAACACCCUUGACUUUAUGAGAGAAAAAAUGGAAAAAGUCAUGACAUUCAAGCAAGAGGAAAUGGCACAAAGACGAUCGAUCAGAGCAGCAAAAAAUGCUGGAACAACAGAACAAUGUGUUGCAACAGAUGCAACUUCAAAAGGUUAUUAUCAAUGACAGCAGAUGCAAGACAUGUUAUCAGCAUUCAUGCAACAAAGUCAACUGCAAAACCAAACUAUGUUGGCCAUUGUAAAAAAGUUUACUAAAAAAGACUGAAUCAUAGACAGUGCUAACUAAAAAGAUACCUUGUGCUCCACUAUAGAAAUGUACAUGCAUUUUGUGCUCCUUGCACAAAAGCUGUUACAGAUUUUUGCAAGUUAUUAGUUGUGUUGUAAGGCUUAAGACAAUAAUUCUAGUUACAUAGCAGAGGCUACAGAUGAAGGACACAAUAGAGUGUAGUUGUUUUCAAUGACGUUUAUUGACUCAUAACAAAUGACCAGUUCUGUACAACUUGCUAUUGUUUGCUUGUCAUUUGUUUGACAUUUUUGCGCAAGAUAUCAGUACUAUUGCCGGGGG